CGUUAUUGUUUCCGGGUCAGUUUGGAUUAGAUGACGUUCCGCUGGGAGAGUUUCGGUGUUGUGCAGCUGCUGUUUGAUUAAACACACCGACAGUCGGAAGUGGGUGUCUGCAGCGUGCGAGACCUUCACCUGUCAGCUGACCUGCUGACUCACUGAGCACGCUCAGUAGGGGGGUUCCCCUCCACAAGCACACAGGGAGAUCUCUGUUGUAACACACACACGGAGUAGUUCAGACCGCCACCAUGGUGUUAGCUGACUUGGGGAGGAAGAUCACCUCGGCGCUGAGGUCACUCAGCAACGCCACCAUCAUCAAUGAAGAGGUGUUGAAUGCCAUGUUGAAGGAGGUGUGUGCGGCUCUGCUGGAGGCCGACGUCAACAUCAAACUGGUCAAACAGCUGAGAGAGAACGUCAAGUCUGCCAUAGAUCUGGAGGAGAUGGCCUCAGGUCUGAACAAGAGGAGGAUGAUCCAGCACGCUGUCUUCAAGGAGCUUGUCAAGCUGGUGGACCCCGGUGUGAAGGCCUGGACUCCAACGAAAGGAAAGAACAACGUCAUCAUGUUUGUUGGUCUGCAGGGCAGCGGCAAAACUACAACCUGCUCUAAGCUGGCCUAUUAUUACCAGAGGAAAGGCUGGAAGACCUGCCUGAUCUGUGCCGACACCUUCAGAGCUGGUGCCUUCGAUCAGCUGAAACAGAACGCCACCAAAGCCAGAAUCCCGUUCUACGGCAGUUACACAGAGAUGGACCCGGUGGUGAUCGCUGCGGAGGGCGUGGAGAAGUUCAAAGCUGAGAACUUUGAGAUCAUCAUCGUGGACACGAGCGGACGACACAAACAGGAAGACUCGCUGUUCGAGGAGAUGUUGCAAGUCUCCAACGCUGUGCAACCAGACAACAUUGUGUACGUGAUGGACGCGUCGAUCGGUCAAGCCUGCGAGUCUCAAGCAAAGGCCUUCAAAGACAAAGUGGACGUGGCGUCAGUGAUCGUCACCAAACUGGACGGGCACGCCAAAGGAGGAGGAGCUUUGAGCGCUGUGGCAGCCACCAGGAGUCCCAUCAUCUUCAUCGGAACAGGAGAACACAUCGACGACUUCGAGCCGUUUAAGACUCAGCCGUUCAUCAGCAAGCUGCUCGGGAUGGGAGACAUCGAGGGUCUGAUCGACAGAGUGAACGAGCUGAAACUGGACGACAACGAGGAGCUGAUCGACAAACUGAAACACGGUCAGUUCACCCUCAGAGACAUGUACGAGCAGUUCCAGAACAUCAUGAAGAUGGGACCCUUCGGACAGAUCAUGGGGAUGAUUCCUGGUUUCGGUACAGACUUCAUGAGUAAAGGAAAUGAACAAGAAUCGAUGGCCAGACUGAAAAAACUGAUGACAAUCAUGGACAGCAUGAACGACCAGGAACUGGACAGUAAAGACGGAGCAAAGCUGUUCAGUAAGCAGCCCAACAGGAUCCAGAGAGUCGCUCGGGGGUCUGGAGUCGCCACCAGAGACGUCCAGGAGCUGCUGACUCAGUACACCAAGUUCGCCCAGAUGGUGAAGAAGAUGGGCGGCAUCAAGGGACUCUUUAAAGGAGGAGACAUGUCGAAGAACGUGAACCCGUCUCAGAUGGCUAAACUGAACCAGCAGAUGGCCAAAAUGAUGGACCCCCGAGUCCUGCACCACAUGGGUGGUAUGGCGGGCCUUCAGUCAAUGAUGCGUCAGUUUCAGCAGGGAGCGGCCGGCAACAUGAAAGGCAUGAUGGGAUUCAACAACAUGUGACCGCCGACCAACAAGCUGCCUUAAAACAUACAAACUACAACUUAAAGCUCCGCCCCCUGACAGGUACAGGUGGAGAGGGGCGGGGCUCGGAGAGAGAGAGAGAGAGAGAGAGAGAGAGAGCAGGAAACAUUGAGAGACAAAAUAAAAGCAGGAUGUUUGAAUUUUUGUUCUGUCGUCUGCUGCUUUUAGAAAAACACCAGAAGAAGAAGAGUAGCGAUGAUUUAAAGGAGCCGUUUUCCUCCAACUGAAACAUGUUGGGACUGCUCCUUUAAAUGAUGGAGAGGAGGACAAGCUGGGUGUUUUUGGGCCUCGUUAAUUUAAUUCUGUAUAAGAUGUUUGUGUAUAAGAUUUAAACAGAGCAGAGAGUCCGUCCUGAUUGGACGAGGAGACGCCACACGAUGAUGAUGAUGAUGAUAACAUUAGGUAGUGACAGUAUUUUUGUCAUAUAAUAAACAUUUGUAUUGCACCAUUUUAAA